GGUAUAUCAAAAAGACCUAACUGACCCGAGCUCUGAUCAUCAUACUCUGUGCUUUUUGUUUCUUUUCUGAAUUUCUGAUCCCCGAGUCUCUCACGCUGCAAUUAUAGGAAAGCGGCGAUCGGAGAUGAAGAAGGAAGAUACAGUGAAGCUAAUCAGCGCCGAGGGUUUCGAAUUCGUGAUCGAUAAGGAGGCGGCUAUGGUUUCUCAGACCAUCCGCAACAUGCUCACUUCUCCUGGGGGUUUCGCGGAGACAGAGCACAGAGAAGUGACUUUUCCUGAGAUUAGUACCACUAUUCUCGAGAAGAUCUGCCAGUACUUCUAUUGGCACCUUCAAUAUGCAAGGGGGAAAGAGACCGAGUUUCCUAUAGAGCCCGAACUCACUUUGGAAUUGAUGAUGGCAGCUAAUUAUUUGCACACCUGAAAACUCGGCCAGCAACCUAACAGGGAUGGUUUCAUCAUCCAACGAAUCAUAGAGCACCCAUCUUCAGCAUUUGCUUCAGGCCUGUCUGUGAGUGUAGACUGUAGUUUUACUUCUGGUUUAUCGCUGAAAUUUGUAUUGUAACACUCUAGAUAUUUAUGCUGUUUUCGGUCGGGGUUGUUUUAGACUGCUACUUUUUAGAAACUUGGACAACAAUAUUAGUAAGUGUGAAUGUAAAUCUGUCCUAAUUUACUUGAACUUAUUUACAAUCUAGUGUAAAUACUAGCAAUGUGGGUGUUUUUUUCAAACUUUUUUUUUCAGUGGUAGUUUUAAGUCAAUUCAUUAAAACACUAAGUUUAUU